AGAAGAUUGCGAGGUGAGUGAGACGCACAUUUCUUUUGGUUUUUUAACUCCACUCUUCACAGCACAUUUGCGUCUCUAUGCGUGGUAGUGUGUAUGUGUGUGUGUGUGUGUGUGUGUGUGGGUGCUGCGUAUGUUUACAAUUAUCGCUUCAUUGACGCUGCUGCUGCUCCUGUGCAACAAAUUUAUGCAACGUCAAGUCCAGCGAUGGGCCAGCGCUGCUGUAAAAACAGGGGAAAAUCGCUUCCAUGCCAGGCUGUCGCCCCUUUAAUGCCAUCGCUUUUUGGGACCUCAGGCAGGGGAACUAUGAGGGAUGAAGUGAAACGACCAGAUGAAUGUUGACACCAUGUCAAGCCAUGUGACUGAGCUGGGCCCCGCCAUUGCACAUGGGAACUCUCUUCUUCCUCCCUCUGAUUUGCCGUAGUUGCCCUAUUGUUGCGUUUUCACCAUGAGAGGCUCUGUCAGGUGCUCGACCUCUGUGCCCUCAUACUGGCACCGCUGUUGUGCCGCGUGAGCGCCCACCCUCCUCCGGCAGUUACCGCGAGGAAUGGCCUCUCUGGACCUGCCAUACCGCUGUCCUCGCUGCGGGGAGCACAAGCGCUUCCGAAGCCUGUCGUCCUUGCGUGCCCAUCUGGAGUACAACCACACGUACGAGACCCUCUACGUCCUCUCCAAGUCCAACAGUGUGUGUGACGCUGCUGCUUUGCUGCCCCUUGUGGCCGAGGGAGCCCUCCUCGCCCCCGCCAAUAACAACGACCCAUUUGAGCCGCUGCGGCCUUCAGCUUUAAAGGAGCGGCACUUUCCCUGCCGUGAGCUUCCUUGUGCCGACGACCUGAGUCUGACCCCAGCUAACUCCAACACUGCAGCCAGGUACAUUCCCAAUGUGGAGUUUCCCCUGGGGGAGAUUUUUAUGAAGAAAGCCAUGACAUCCACAGACCCUGGUCCCCAUGGAAACCCCAGCACGGCUGUAGCGGUGGCAGCUAAUGUAGCGGCCAGUGCUGUGGAGGCGGCGUAUGAGGAAGGCUUGGCCAGACUGAAGGCUCGAGCUUUUGAGCGGCUGGAGUUGGAUGAAAGGCUGGAGAAGCUGUCUGAAGAGGUGGAGCAGAAAAUAGCGGCCCGUGUAGGUCGUCUUCAGGCAGAGCUGGAGAGGAAGAGCUCCGAGCUGGAGCGAGCCAAGCUAGAGAGCGAGCGGCUGAGCCAGGAGAAACAGGACCUGGAAGACAAGGCCUCGGAGCUCUCCCGUCAGGUGGACGUCUCUGUGGAAAUGUUAGCCAACCUGAAACAGGACCUGGUGAACAAGGAGGAGGAGCUCACUCACAAACAACAAGAAGUCGCUCAGAUCGACCAGUUCCUCCAGGAGACGGCGGCACGAGAAGCCAACGCCAAGGUGCGACUGCAGCAGUUCAUUGAGGAGCUGCUGGACCGAGCGGACCGUGCAGAAAAACAGCUGCAGAUUAUCAGCAGCUGUGGCACCACACCCAACGGCAGCCUUGGCCGCUGCAGUCUCCAGGCCUCGAAGGGGAACGGAUGCCAGAGGAACUCCAGCCUCUCUGGGAGCACAAGAGGCAUGUACCAAGUGUCUGAGCGACGGUCUUCUCCCAGCACAGGAGCAUCCGGGCGGAUCAAGUCGGUCUCACAGGGUUCUGGAGGUUAUGACAGUGACAGUGUGGAGAUGCACCCCAUGGAGGAGUGUCCCGAGGCGCAGUACUAUCACAUGCAGUGCCGGCUGGGGGAAGGGGGAUACGAGCGCUCCCCUGGAUGUGGUGGUGGCGGAUCAAGAAACUGGGGUCUUCGUAAACAGGCCAUCCAGAACUGGCAGCGGCGACCGUACAGGAACAGCACUGAAGGCGAGGAAGGAGACGUGUCGGACGUGGGCUCCAGGACCACUGAGUCCGAGGUGGAGAUGUGGGAACAAGAGAGGAGAGCUGUGGCUGAAGUCCAGCAGUCUGCGGCUCCAUAUCCACAGCAUGGCAGGGCAGGCUAUCGCCCUAAUGCAGGAUACAACAAGCCAUGUCGCCAUGAAAAGAGUCCGUCUAAGUCCAAUGAGGUGAUCAGUCCAGAGGUCCUGAAGAUGCGAGCAGCUCUCUUCUGUAUCUUCACCUACCUGGACACUAAAACGCUGCUGAGAGCUGCUGAGGUCUGCAGGGACUGGAAGUUUGUGGCUCGUCACCCUGCUGUGUGGACCAGGGUGCUGCUGGAGAACGCACGCAUCUCGUCUAAGUUCCUGGGCAUAAUGUCUCAGUGGUGCACUCAGACACACUCGCUCAUCCUGCAAAACCUCAAACCAAGACAGCGAGGCAAGAAGGAAACAAAGGAGGACUACCUGAAAAGCACACGUGGCUGUCUGGAGGAAGGUCUGGAGGCGUUGUUAAAGGCCACAGGAAGUAACCUGCUGAUCCUGAAGAUUUCUCACUGCCCCAACCUGCUGACGGAUCGCUCACUCUGGCUGGCCAGCUGCUACUGCCGAGCUCUGCAGGCUGUAACCUACAGGAGUGCCACAGACCCAGUCGGACAGGAGGUGAUCUGGGCCCUCGGAGCAGGCUGUAGAGACAUCAUCUCCCUACAGGUGGCGCCACUACACCCAUGCCAACAGCCGGCUCGCUUCAGUAACCGAUGCCUGCAGACGAUUGGAAGAUGUUGGCCACACCUCCGUGCUCUGGGAGUGGGCGGGGCAGGAUGCGGCAUUCAGGGUCUGGCUUCUCUAGCAAGGAACUGCAUGCGGCUGCAGGUGCUGGAGUUGGAUCAUGUGAGUGAGAUCAACCAGGAGGUGGCAGCAGAGGUUUGCAGAGAGGGACUGAAGGGACUGGAGAUGCUGGUGCUAACCUCCACACCUGUCACCCCGAAAGCCCUGCUUCACUUCAACAGUGUUUGCCGCAACUUGAAGUCCAUCGUGGUUCAGAUUGGUAUAGAGGACUACUUUGAGGACCCCAACAGCCCUGAAGCCAGGAAACUAUUUGACGAGAUGGUCAACAAGCUGCAGGCUCUGAAGAAGAGACCCGGCUUCUCCAAAAUCCUCCAUGUGAAAGCAGACAGUCUCUGCUAACAUCUUUACUUGGAGAGAUGCCAUCUUGGCUCUAAUCAAUCAAAAAGACCCAGCUGUUUUUGAGCUACUCAAUGUGGGUGAAUACGUCUGCAGCACUGACAGAAACUACAGAUGAUCGCCAUGAAGAACCAGGACCGAGGCCCGGUGUGCAAACUCCUCAAGAACAAACUUCAAACAGAUAAUAUCAUUUAUAUCCCUGCAAAGGAUGGUCAAUAUCUCCUUCAUCUUGGCUGAGACUGAAAACCCAAUUAGGAGGUUUGUAUUUGGACUUUGUAUAGGCCUGUUUUUAACUUCAGGCUUAAAUAACUCGACAAAACUGUCAGAUUCCUCUCUCUCCGUCCCUCUUUGCUUUCACCUUUAAACGGAAAAUGUUGCUGCACAGAGCCAGAAUCCUCUGUUGAAACGCCUGCAGCCAGGUGACAGCGCUGUAUUUAACUGUCUGCAUCUUCAUUAUGCUUGACAUUUACUCCAGACUACCUUCAACACCAGUAGCUGGUGGGCGGGAGUGCAUUUUAAAACAUAUACAAUUUCCAACAGAAGUACAAGGUUAAGAGUCUCGAGGCAGGAGCUUUGUGUUUGCGCAAGUGCAUUCAGCCGAGGCUUGAAUAAACGUUUUUCAUCCUGCAUUGCCCUGCGCUAAUACAUGCUGGGGCGACUUUCAAUACUUACUGCUUCCACCUAGAACAGAAACAUGCUGCACAAGCUCCAGGUGGAGUAGAGGAAGGCAAGAACAGAGCUCCCUAAACACACAAACCUUGACAGUCUUCUUGCCACAGCAUGGCAGCAAUGCAAUUAGCCUCAUGUACCAUCCUCUGCUUCCCCAUGUCAACACAAACUCAGACUUUUCCACGGCUGUAGUAUCGCAAGAUUUGUUUGUCUCAAGAAACAGGAUGCAGUACCGGAUGUUUCUUAUUAAGAGGAAAGCUGGAGGGUGAUCCAUAAUGCAUUUCUACAUAACACUGGUGCCAUUUGUGUCUGUUCUCAUUCUGUUUUUCUUCAAUGUGCCAUUAAUGCUGGAGGAGGGACCAUGUUAGGCAGGUGUUUCAUCUUUUCAGAUUCUUUCAGAAGUAACUUAUUGGAGUUUUAUUUAAGCAACUUUUCCUGAACAAAAGGCAGUAUGAAACAUGGUCUCCAGGUGUAUACAGGUGUCAUGAUAUUCAUAUGCCAUGAGACUUUCAUAUUAUACCAAACUAAACAGUGCCAGUCCUUUUAAUAAUGCUCGUUAUAGCCAAGGGCCUCUCCAUCCAUGUUUAUACUUCUCAGCUGAGGUCCUCUGGCUCCCUCUGCUGGUGUAUAAAAGCAGUUGCAUACUCUCAUUAAAGAUAUGUCACAGAGCUCAAAGCGAAAAGAUCCGGCCUUCAGUCUUAGUAUUUGGCUGUAAAUUUGAUGCAAUGUAUGACUCCUGUUUGGUUUUCUAUGGUUUAGAAAUUCUCAAGAAGUAUGAGUAGCAAUACUUAAAGAGGUGAAGCUUCCUCUGUGCUGCAGAUAAGAGGGAGAUCCAAGAAUUUCACACAUAAAGAGCAGUUUGUAUUUCAUACUGAUGUGCUAUUAAGCCUGUGACAACAGUUGCUGAGUGUCUUCUGUGGCUUGGAAGGAAGUCUGUCAACUCUGAGAAAUUAAUCCUUUUCAUGCUUUACAUUUAAUUGGAGGUCGUCAGACAAAUUAACAGCACAGAAGCCGUCAUUACAAGCGGAAGGCAUGUUGUUCGAAUACUUUGGGGAAAUGUGUUUACAAGGCAUUCAGUGUCUAAAGGAUCAGUGCUUAAGGGAGUGAUAAGAUCCAGAAUUUUUUUGAGCUUUUUUUGGACCAGGGACCAAAAAUCUGGAUGGAUGCAUUUGCUGCAUUGUUUUUAUUAGAAUCAGUCUCUCACAAAUUCCCUGAACAUUAUGAAAGUGCAAUACUACAUCACAGGAGUACACUUGUAGAUGCCCAUGAAUCAUUUUGCACACCGUUUCCAAACAGGUUUAGAAAUUACCCAAAUGACCUACGUUUCCUUGCCAAAGGUUUACAGCAGGUUGCUUAACAAGGCGUUCACUUUACCUGGCUGCCCUUAUUCGUCGCAGGUGAACCAUCCCUGUCUCUACGCCCUAUUUCCUUAGAAUUUGAGAGCAAGGUGACAUUUCAAGGAGCAGUUGUUUGUAAUGCAGGCUUUAAAAACUCAGACAAGGAAAGCUGCUGAUUCUGCUCUGCUUCAUUUUCAAAACCGUUUCUGAGGACCUGUUUAGCUACAUAUUGUGGUGAUGAUGUCAAUAUGUGGGUGUUCAUUUCUUCAUGUUCUUCCAGUACUACAUACUAUUAUCAUUAUUAUUAUUACUCUUCUCCUACACUGGUACUGAUUGUCCACUCGGGUUAUAGGAAGGUAACAUGUAAAAGUUUGCAGACUGAAUAGAAAAAACACAAAGCACUUGUUGAUUUUAAGUUUUAGACAAUCCUGCCUUCGCUAUCAGCUUCUCUGUACAUAAUGUUUGUUAAAAAAAUCUGAGAAAAAAGAAGAAAAAGAACCAACAUUUGAUGUUAUAUAAUAUUAUAAGGUCAUAAUUCUGAGUGGAAACAGUGGAAGUUUACAGGUGUUCAUUCUGUAAGCAUUUUCUCUCCAAAGUUGAAUGAAAGAUGAACAUAGAGAACUAUAUUAUGUAUAACAGUAGUGUUGAAAUUGCAGUUGUGUAUUAGAUACUUUAUAUUAAAUGUGCAUCAGAGUCAUAUAGAGAUGGAAAUUAUUUAAGAAGAGGAUAAAGUUGAUAACUCAGCUAUUUAUUUCUAUAAAAAAGAGCGAUGUGUAUAAUGUUGGCAUGUUUGUGUUCAAGCAUCAAUCAUUAAGUUGCCUUCUUAACUGUUCUGCUACUGUGACGAGAAAAUUAUUCGAUGUUUAAAGAGCUUUGAUUGCCUGCAGGUUAAUACUCUCAUUAUUUUGAUCCCGUCUGUUGUUGCACUAGUGAGAAAAAAAAAGAUAUUUCAGAUGUUUAUUAUUAGAGUGUUGUUUUUAAUGUUCAGCUAUUUCUCAGUAUUUGACAAAAUAUGAUGCACUUUUUUUCCUGAACACUUUUACCGGCCCGUCUGUCAUCAUUUUUCUGUCAGCGGGGCGCCUGGCAGAGGUUUGUGUUGUAUGUAACCGACUGUUCGCUCAAAUGUUCAGUUUCAUGGAGAAGGAGAAUUUUGGCAACAACGAUUACAUGCCUCUUUUCUCCUUCAUCAUCUGUCACAUCUCAUCGGUCAGGAAGUUCGAGAAUGAUUCAGCUACAUUCAAGUGCUUUUUUAUGUUCAUUGCCAAUAUGACCUUAUGCUCCUAAUUGUAUUUGUUGCUGUUUAUGCUUUGCUUUAUGUUGUAGAUUCAUACCAACAGCACAUUUGCUUUAUUGUGAAAAUGGACCUGCUGAAGAUGCUGCAGAGGAUCUGACGCUGCGAUAAGAGGUGCCAAGUACACCAGAGUCAUUUCUGGCUUACAUCUCCAUUCUCUGCCUCUCCAGAUAUAAAGCAGAAUAAUUUCUACAUUAUUUAUUUACAUCCAGAAACUGAAGCACUUACAAACCAUGGUGCUUCCUAUUUCAUUUAUUCCAUUGUCUUAUGUUUUAAUUCGACCUUUCUCCUCCUUUGUUGCAGUUACAGCCUCGUAUCAUACUGUGCAUUGAAAACCGUGUUUGAGAGUCCAUGUACCUCUCUGUAGAUAUUUUAUGUCUGAAUGAUUGUACUCUGCCCAUCCAUCUGAAUAGUAUUUUACACAUUACCUCAACACUUAUCUGGGCAAUUAAGUGUGCAGUUUGUCUUUGAAUUUUUUUUCUUUUUUGACUGUCAUUGACCGGUGAACGCCAAUCGAUCCAUGAACUUCAUCCUUGUUGCUUUGACGACAAAAUGGAUUCUGUUGCUGAAUAAAACUUUCCCAAAAGAUGAUCAGCUUCUUACACUGACUGCAGUAGAUGGAAAUGUUUCCACUCCCAUUUUCACUCAUUUGAUGUCAUCAAUAAAAUGCUUUGAAUUGUA